CGAAUAGGGUUAAGAGAAUCACAGUGUCACUAUGCUGUGUUAUAAUAUAAAUGCUUUUAUGGGGCUUUUAUUCCCUGGUCUCAUUAUGUUUUGUAUUUUGAUAAAUCCACAAUUAGCUACACAGGAUACUGCAGUUGCAAUCCAGCAAUUUUUAAAUGUUUACAACUAUUAUUAAAGUGUGGCAACAAAUUUGUUAAAAUUUAUAUUAUUUAUAUGCCAUGCAUUUUGCAGUACUUAGGCGCAUAUUGUGCCACCCUAGCCUUGUGGUUGUAACUCUUGUACUUUUUGCGGGAGAACAAGGUUUGAUUCCCCUGGGUGGUGAUUUAAUAUGGGUGAGUGUAUGUUGCCACUCAGAUUACCCUCAUCAAUGUGAGGAAAAUGAGGGAGAUGGUAUACUGUGUGUGUCAUUGGAUGUUGAAAGGAGUUAUCUGGUAAAGCUAAUUGAGUCUGCGUAGCUUAAAGUGACCAUUGAAUACUCUAGACUUCCCAUCCAAACCAUGGCCCCUUCUGAAAAUAAUAGACAGGGUAUAUCCCUCAAUAUUUGUAAAGCUAGCCCUGAAAAAUAUGCACAAGAGCAUAUGUAAACACACACAAUCCACAAUGCUAUCUUGAUCUUCCCCAUUUAGGAAAAAAAAUGUGUUAGCAUGAUUAUCCUUUUAAAGUUGCGAUAGUCACAAUUGUUACCAAUGUUCAUGAUCGUUCAUGAUGUGUAUCAUGCAUUCGAAUGAUACAUAAUGGUGUGUUUACAAGAAAAAUUUUUGUUUAUUCCCUUUACUCUUUGUAAUUAUUUAGAUUGUUAAGAAUGUCUACAAAGUUUUUUACUUUUUUAAUAUGUUGCUUGCAACUUGUAGAAUCUAAAAUUACAUUAAAGAUUUUUAAAACGAAAAUUAGUAUUUUUUCUUGUUGUUGAGACAAGUGGGGAACGUUUUAACAUGUUUUAGCAUCUGAACUAGCAAUUCUCUGAUAGCCGAAAGAAAGGAUUUCUCUCUAUCAUAACUUUCUUGUCUCUGUUGGCCGAAAGAAACUUAAAUUUUUGCAAAGAAAAGUCUUCAAAUAUAUACUUGUUUUAAAUGUUUUCAAAUAAAUAACAGCAAUGUUUUCUUUUCUUAUAGUCCUGUUUUGAUGCUUUUUAAACUUUCGACAGCAAUACUUUGGCUUUCUACAAUUCCAUUCCAUCGAGGGUUUUUAAAAGUUGUAUGGGAUGUUUUUGCUUUUUACGAUUUUGUUUUAAUGGUUUUUAAAGGAUCUAUAGUCAUGCUUUCGCUUUCCACAACCCUGCUUGCUUUUUCAACAAUCUAAAACAGCAAUUUAAUAAUAGACCAUUGUUAUUCAGAAAUAUGAAUAAAUCAUUGUGAGAUGGUCUUGGAAAUACUUUCAGUGCAUAGUUUGAGAAUUCAUAAACAAAAGCAAUUAAGAAUAUAAAAAUAUCUUAACUAUUAUCAGAAAACGAUCUAAAUACAUUGUUUAUUAUGUCACUGUUGCAAAAAAAAUCUAUUUUACUUAUGCGAGUUACAGUUAUACAUAACUGUAACUUGAUUAAGUAAUCAUGCAAACUAAAAAGACUGAAAAGACUAACAUGAGGAGUUUUAAAUAUAAGAUAGACAAUUGCUGUAAGACAAAAAUUUUCGCUAUGAUUGAAUAUCAGUUAGACAAACAUUACACUUAACCACAGAUUGUUUAACAAACAUUAAAAUGGGGUUGUGGAAUUUCAAAAACAUUGUCACAGGUUGCUUAAAAGCCAUCAUUAUGGAAUCAUAGAAUGCGAAAACAUCACUGCAAAUUGUUUAAAAACAGCAAAACAAGAUUAUAGAAUGCAAUAACAUUGCCCUAUAGAUUGUUUAAAAUUCAUUAGAACAGGUCAGGAUUCAUUUUGAAAAUAUUAGCUUGUUUAAUUGAUCCAUACAUUAUAUAUGUGCAAAAAAAUUUUACCAAAACUUUUCGGACAAAGUAGUCACAAAGCUUACCUUCCACUUUAAACCAAGUUGAUUUUAUUUGAAAGAGGUUGAGUGAGGUGUUGUAUUUAACAUUUUUAUCAAGGCAUCAUAUUUAUUGAUUUGACAACAGCAAUUAUUUGUUUUAGUGCUACUACUACUGGGCUUUUGCGUUUAUUUGUCUUUUUGAGGGGGUAAAUGUUUAUAAUAUCUGCAUAAUUUAAGUAAUGAACAGAAAAUAUUGUGCGACGACUGAAAAUUGGCUGGAAAAUGUUUGCAGAAACAAAUUUCUUAUUUCAUCUUGUGCAUGCAUGACAAUAAUACUAUACAUCUGUCAUGUUGUCUCUUGUCUUGGUUAUAGCUUACACUUAUGUUUGUGGUAUAAUGUUUUUUAGACUCUUUACCUAUAUAUCCCAACGUUUUGUACAAGCAUAUUUUGAUAUUAUAAUCCUAUAUUUUCAGUACAAACCUGAUCUACUGGUGCAUAUUUAGGCAGCAUUUAAGUCAGACCCAGAGUAAAAGUUGGGCAUUAUUACUUUCCAUAUAUCACUAAAAAACUUGACCUGCAUUCAUGUUUCACCUCGAGUUGACUUUGGCAUUAGCCUGUAAAGGACUGACUCCUACAUUCACAACCUUUGUCUUGUGACAAAAAUCACUUCGAAAGAAUUGUUUACAUGAAAAUCUUGCAGCAGUUUAAAAUUCUCUUCCGUCAAUAUGAUCAAAGUAAACCUCCACCCAAAGUGAGUUUCACUUCGCUUUACAAACAAACUCAUGUUGACGAAAAUAAAGCAUUUCUAACUUAAACUGGUUUGAGUUAACUUUAGGUUUUAUGUAAACAGUUAGAAAUCUAUUUUGCAAUAAUUAUUGUCACAAUAUAUUGCUUGAUUUCGUUAAAAAGUAAAAUUUCAUAUAUAUAAUAGUAAGGCAUAUUCAGGCCUAUCAAUCAGAAAAUAACACCAGAGCAAUAAAUCGCUCCACCAAGGUUACAAUAAUGUAAACUGGGCAAGCAAUCUGAAUAAAUAGAAUAAGCUUAUAAACACCUAUUUUAUCACAAAGUCUUUUUUAUCUGUUUUAUUUUUUUUAUAUAUAUAUAUAUAUAUCUUGGUUCUUUUUUAUUGUAAAUAAUAAGAAGGGAACAUUGAUUUCCAUGUGAGAUGAAUUGAUAUUGCUCAUCCAGAAAAACUUUUUUUAGAAUUGGGGGAGCAAAUAAUUGCUCAGCUAGUUCCUUAUUUCUCUGAAUUGGGCUAGCCUUUGCGUGAGCAAGAGCAUUCCUCUCCCCUUAUUGAUAGGUCUGCAUAUUUUGUCUUCUCUGUGUCAGUACAAUCAAUAAACUGUUCCUUCUUCGCGUCUGGUAUAUAAUGUCAAAGCUUGUAUCAUAUUCUGACAGUGGCAGUGAAGACAGUGGGAGUGCAACUGAAUCAGAUGAUACAAUAAAGCCUUGUAAUAGAUCACGAAAAAGAAAGCAAGAUAGCAAAUAUGGUGGGAAUAAACAGAAAUUGCCACUUCCACCAAACUUGUUUGAGAAAGAAGUAAAUUUAACAGAUAAUAAACAAAAAUUGAUAAAGCACAAUGGAAGAAUUCGUUCAUUUGAUCAUUUUGAAGGAAAUUGGGCAACAUACAUCUAUAUACCACUUCAAAGCACAACUUCAUUUACAAACUUUUAUGAAAGCAUAGCUGAGGUCCUUACUGCUGGUUACAAGAAAGAUAUUCAUCUUUUUCCAAUUUCUGAUUGUCAUAUUAGUUGCUCCAGAACAGUUUCGUUACGUCACUACUGGAUCGAACCAAUUUUUAAAGAACUUCAACAGAAAUUUUUAAACAAAAUGUCAUAUACGUAUGGACUGCAAAAAAUACAAGUUUACGUGAAUGAUGAGAAAACUCGGACAUUUAUUGGUGUUGAAGUUAUACAAGGCGUUCAAGAUUUCAAAAAUAUAACCACCAAAGUUGAUUCCAUAUACUCUGAUUACAAAUUAGAAAAGUACUACGACCCACCAUCAUUUCAUACUAGUAUCGCAUGGGUGUUGGGUGACAAAAAAGAUGAAAUUGAAAAUUAUUUGCACAAUCAAACUUUUGCUGAGGAAAUUCACUACAUGUCUGCUGAGAAGAUUUGUAUGAGAUCAGGAAAUAGAACAUACCAAGUUUGCUUUGUUUAAAUAAUUUUUAUUCCAUAUGAUAUUUAACUAAACUUAAAAUUUACUUAGAUGACAAAUUAUUUAAAA